ACAGCCCUAGUUUAAACCUUAAAAUGUUUAAGAUCCUAGCAAUACAGUAGUCACCAUAAUUCACUUCAGUUAAAUACAAUUUUAUUACUAGGAUCCUAAACAUUAAACGUAAACACACCUUAUUUGGUGAUUAAACACACCAAGCACAGCUUCAUAUUGACGGUAAUUAUUCCAAUAAAGAAUUAUUUCAUUUCUGGGCUUAAGCCAUAAAUGUUUUCAAGUCCUUGCUCCGUCCUUGGUAUUGAGAGUGACAGAGGGAGCAUCCUGAUUGGUCUCUCUUGGUGCUCCUUUUUCUCUCAGGGCGGGCUUUACAGUCGACCUCUCUCUUUCUUUCAUUACAUUAUUCUUUAUAAAAGCAUACCCUAAAAGUAUGAACAUAACUGUAAAUGUCUUGUCGUGUUUUCUUUUGCCUUGGCUAAACUAUGACUAUAUUAUCACUUUAGACUCUCAGACUGCAGUAUCACAGAAGAGGGCUAUGUUAGUCUGGCUUCAGCCUUGAAGUUAAAUCCCAAUCAUCUCAGAGAGCUGGAUCUCAGAGGAAAUGAUCCAGGAGAAUCAGGAGUCCAACUGCUUUUAGACCUAAAGGAAAAUCCACAAUGUAAACUGAGAAAUAUCUGGUUCCUGAAAGGGAGUGCUGCUGAGGAAGCCUGUGCUGCUGUGGCUUCAGCUGUGGGUUCAAACCCCUUACUCAUGACUGAGCUGGAUCUGAGUGAGUUCAUACCAGAAACCUUGGGAGUGACUCAACUGUGUGCUUUACUGGAGGAUUCCCACUGCACACUGCAGAAACUGAGCCUGGGAGACUGCAGAAUGACAGUUGAAGGCUUCAGAGCUCUUGCAUCAGCAUUGAGAUCAAACCCCGCACACAUGAGAGAGCUGAAACUGGGUGGGAGUAAAGCAGGAGACUCAGGAGCGAAGCAUCUUUCUUCUUUUCUGGAGGAUCCCAACUGUAAACUGGAGAAACUAGAACUCUCAGACUGCAGUAUCAAAGAGGAAGGCUAUGCUAGUCUGGCUUCAGCCUUGAGGUUAAAUCCCAAUCAUCUCAGAGAGCUGGAUCUCAGAGGAAAUUAUCCAGGGGAAUCAGGAGUCAAACUGCUUUUGGACCUAAAGGAGGACCCACAGUGUGAACUGAAAAAUCUCAGGUAAAUGUAUAUCAAGACCAAGAAUAUUACACAGCUGUUCUGUUUUUUCAAAGGCCUCACAUGGACAUAUGAGGUGUAAAAGGCUGCCUUGGCAGAAGUUGUAAUGUUUUUUUUAUUUUAAUUUUUUUUAUUUAAGUACCAGUGAUGACCUUUUGUGUCAGACAUGUGUUCAUUGUCUCUAUUUGUACAGGUUCCUGAAAGGGACUGCCGCUGAGGAAGCCUGUGCUGCUGUGGCUUCAGCUCUGGGUUCAAACCCCUUACUCAUGACUGAGCUGGAUCUGAGUAGGUUCAUACCAGAAGCCUUGGGAGUGACUCAGCUGUGUGCUUUACUGGAGGAUUCCCACUGCACACUGCAGAAACUGAGGUUAGUGGAUGUUGAUACACUCCCUGUAAUGAACAGAGUAAUCCUAAGUGUAAACUGCCAAAUUUGGCAAUAGCUUAUUCUGUUUUCCUGUCAUUGCUAUCCUGUGUGAAAAAUUAGUUUAGUCUUUUUUUUUUCUUGAAGGCAUAAGAUGUUUUUAUGUGAAUUAAAAAGUCGUUGUCGUUGUGCAAUAAUAGCAGAAUUUAUUCCUGAAUGACAAAUAAAUUCAUCACUGUCCUCUUCUGAAGGUGCUAUGAAAUUAAUUACUAAAUGCAAUCAAGAUGAUUUAAAAUGAGUUGAUAUGUAAGACUCUGGGCCUCAUUUACUAAUAUUUGCGAGCGCAGAGUAAUCAGCACCUUUGCCAA